AUGAUGUACUCUGAUCAAAUUGAUCAGUUUGACUCUAAGGAGGAUCGAUUAAAUGAGCUUCGCUACGAGUUUAUUAAGAGUAAGCGUUUUGAGCUUGAAAGUUUGGUAAAGAAGUCCGACUACGGGUUUACUCAAUGGGAUGUGCACUUGCUAAUGAUUGGCUGUGUUUGUUCCGUCUUACUCGUAAACUUGAUAACCAAGAAUGCUCUUUUUUCUCUGUUUAACUUAUUUUUGUUACUUACUUUGUUGAAUGUGCGGGUUUCCAAGGACUCCUUCACUCAGGUCAGCAGCACUGUCUUGAUUCUUUUUUCAACUUUGCUGAUGAUUAUUUACACCAGUUCUCGUCGCGUUAAAAACACCAAUGACAAGGUUGGGAGGGUGUUGGUGUUGAUGCUACUGGUUGCUCUCAACGUGCACUUGGUCAGCUGGCUUGUUCUGGACCUUAAGUUGAUAGGCAAGUACAGCUGCGUGUCCAACUUCACCUUCGAGGUGCACAUGCUGAGGUCCACGGAGCUAAUGGCCUUCUUAACUGGCUCCUUGGUCUUUUGCUGCGCCAUAUUUUUCACCGUGCAGCUGUACUCGGUGUCGUACAUUCUUUUUAUCAUUGCCAUCUUCGCCUACAGCUCCAGGUGGAGGUUCUCUCUCCUUCUGGAGCCUGACUACUUGACUAUACUGGAUCGUAUCAAGUCUCACAAGAGGUUCCGGAGCUCCCGGUACUCCGGCAAGUACGGGAAGAAGAACGCCGGCAGGACGAGCAAGGGGUUCGGCACUGGGCGCUACAGCAGUAGGAACAAUGGCAAGUCUAUGGAGAUUUACUUCUUCCCCAACGUUCAGAGCCUUAUCACCUUUUGCAUCAUUAUGAUAACCCUGUUCAUUCUUAUAUUUACUCUGUUGAACAACGGCGUGUUAUCCCUGAAGAAUCAGCCUCAGUUUAACACCUAUUUGAGCAAGUUUCAAAAUUUGAAGAGGAACCGUUUCAUUAUAAAGAUGAAGCUGUUGUGCAUUUAUGUUUUUAUCAUGCUGUUUGCCAUGGCUGUGCACUUUGGGUUUUACAUUUUCUACUCUUUCAACAAGACGAGCUUCCUGUCGCAGCUCCUGUACAAUAAAAUUGUUUUCUUAUUUUCCAUGUAUAGCAGUAGCAAUAACAGUUACUACAACCUAGUUUCCAACGAGAACUGUGGCUUAAAAAGUGAGGGUUGUGGUACCUUGGGGAGUACCAUUAACAACUCUAGCACCCUGGCUAGCUAUGAUGCUAAUAAUACCAGUAGUAACCCAGACGCCCGUAAAGGCAACCUUAACUGCCACGGAUGCCACUUGAGCAACGCUGUUAACAGUUACCCCGACGUUAAGGAGAUGAGGAUCGAGGCGUACCACUUGGACCCUUGGGGCAGAGUCUUGAAGGUGGAGUUGCUGUGUAAAAGGCAGCUCGGCUCGUGCUCGUACUACAAUAACUACCUGGACAACGAUAAUUUCAGCUGCAUAGUUAAGAAGUUGACGGGCAGCAAGAUAGUCAAGAGUCUGAGUCACAAGAGUAGGAGUUUAUUGGAAAGGCUGAACACCAAGAACAGGAUGAAGGGCAGGCUGAGGGUCGGCAAGAAGGCAGUUGACCCCUUUAGCUUCCUACGAGAAGAGUCGAUUAACGAGUUUAACCACUGCGGCCUGUUCACAUGUUGUCUCCAAAACGGCGGCCACGCGAGUUGCGCCCACUUAUGCAAUUGCAGCAGUGCCUGUGACCACACUGCCUGCAACUGCAGUCACCACCACGCUUGCCACAUGGGCUGCGGAGUUUGCGGAUUCGACCUCUUGGGGCACAGACUGGCGUCCAGCGUCAGGAUCGGAGGCGCCAGUAGGCUGAAUUGCUCCGAGUUGUAUCUCUUCCUGCAGAACUACGUGCUGGUGAACCACAACGAACGAUCCCUGUACUGCCUGCUUAGGCAAAACAAUGACCUGAAUCUGCUCGUGUACCAGGACGUCUACAACCUCGUGAAAAACAAGUUGCUGAAGUACAAUCGCGAGUUUAACAAGCUGCUGGACUUUUUCAUAGAAAAUAACCUCCUGGAUAACCUUGACUUGUUUGGCAGUGGCUCUAACUUGACGGACCACAGCCACCUGUUCAGCAAUGGUAUGUAUGAGAGCAGUAAACAAUGCAACGCCCACGGCUUGCAGGACUGUGGCCUGUGUAACACUACUAAUCGGCUCGACGAUGCUACAGCGCCAGGAACAGGUCUAGUUGGAGGACCAACCACGAUGCCCCUGGAGCCCAUUAACUUGGACGGCCUUGUAGGAAAUAAGCUGCAGACUGUUGACGAGGGGGAAUUUGUCACGAGGUUGUCAAUACCGACUGAGUUCUUGUCAGUUACGAACAGGGAUGAAGCGCUGGAUACCCAUGAUAGGGUGAUAAUGGAGGAAGAGGAUAUAAUAUCAGGAUUCAACAGAGUGAGUGGAGCGUCGAGUCCAGGUUACGCCGGCAACAUGGGAAACUCCUCUGGCUACAGCCCAGUCAGCGCAGGAGGAAGGGGAAGCGCCUUUAAUAGCUCCCUUGGCUUCAGCCGUAGCCCGGUACAGAGCCCUGUAAGAAAUGUUGACGCGACUAGUGCUGCCGCGCUUCCGGGGGCUACCACGUUUUAUGGUGGCGAUAGGCCAGGAGUACAUGAUUUUUUAGGCCCCGGCAGUCCCAAUAACAAUCCCUACUUAGAGGGAGCCAACUCCUUGGAAGACUAUGUCAAUGUUGGUGGAGAUGGCUACAAGGGUGUUGAUGGCCGGGCGAACUCAUUAUCGGCCAUUAGUCGCAAGUUGGGAGUAGGUGGCUUUGAGAAAGGAUCUGACCCAAAAAAUUCCUCGGGAAAUUUUAAAAACAAUCACCAAAGCUAUUUUGACAUUGAUAGCUACAAUUCCCAAGCUGUUAGCAAUGACAGCACCAGUCCCCUGGGCAAGUCGCCCUCGGGAAAGUUAGUAAUUCAUGAGGAGACGAAAAGAAAAAAAAAAGUUAAGUACCUGACUAGGUUUUUUAAUCGGAAAAUUAACAGUCAAAUGUCGCAGGAUGAUGGACAAAACUUGGGUAUGAACUAUGAAAACUUCAAGCCAGUCAACGCCAACAGCCGCGUCAGCAGUGAGUUUAGUAGUCCCACCAGGUCGAGUGUCAGGGCCGAUGCCAGUAACACUAGUGGGUUGCUAGGUGCAUCUGAGGCGACUUUGAGUGCUGCAAACGACGGCAGAAGUGGAAGGCUCGUGGUUGCCGUUAAUGAGGAUGCCGCGGCCGAGGCCGCCAAAGUAAGCACCAGGCAGGCGCCAGCGACUGUAACUGACAAUGCCCGAGCUGGUUACGAGGAAGCGAGUGCGAGUAGUGUUUUUGAGGGGACUGCGAUGACCAACAACGCCGACAACGGCGGUAAUAUGUAUGGCGUUAGUCCCAGUGGCCAUGGUACUACCACCCCCCGUAGUGGGUAUGGCGUUAGUCCCGUCGACGGCAACGUGUUAUCUGAGUCUGGUGACCACACUGACGCCGUCAACGCCCCCAAUAAAGACUAUGAGCUGGAGCACGUGGUUAACUCGAUGCAUCGCUACAAAAAGACGUUCUCCUCAGGCAAUAUGAAAAAGUACACAAAUCUCAGGGUUAAGAAACUGCAGUUGGACAACAACUUUAACAACAACUACAUAUACACGAGGACGAUUAAGUUCAAUACAGCGAACAAGUACAUGAUUGCAAACGAUUCAACGGGCACUAACCCUAUCAAGGGCUGCAGUCCUAGCCAGAGAAGUCCAAACAGGGGCGCUACCCUGGUCAAGUUGGGGUCCAGGCCCUCAAGUCCAAGCAGGGCCCAGAUCGACCUGGGAAGUGAUGAGGUGCCUGAGGUCAGAAGCACUCCGCAGACCCCCAACAGGGCCAGUUUGUACAGCUCAGUCGUGGAUUCCGUGAUGGCGGACCUUAUGGCGGACAGCAGGAUCGGCGCGAGCACCCCUAGCAGGCUGAGCGAUGAAAAAUACAGCACUAACACGACGCCAAACAGAUUUAAAGACAACUCGGAUCUCAAUGUUAGCUUGAGCGGCCGCGCCGCCGGGACUGGAAGGACUGGGCCCCUCGACGCCGAGGAUGAGAGCGUCGAGGUGAAAGUCAACUCUAUAAUGGACGAUUUGAUGAAGGAUUUAAAUCUGGAUUCGUUUUAA